GUCAUGUAGAGAACUAUAAGAGACGAUAUUCACUCCUUCAGAAUAAAGCAAUUAUGUGGGAGUUGUGGUUAAGUUUUGUGGUGUAGUUUACAACUGACAAAACAUCACCUCCAACAAAAACUGCAAAUAGUGUGCUAUUACAGUGUGUAUUGCCUUGCCAAAGUAGCUGCUACAUCAAUUGAAUUAAAUACUUUGUAUUUGGCAUUUUCAAGUGUGGGGAUGGAGCCUCAUCAGGGUAACCAAAUACCCCUUUCUGGAAGCGAAAGUGUUGAUAACAAAAGAGGAAACGCUACCAGUAGUUCAUCAAUUUCCAAACGGCGAAAAAAAAGAAAAGGGAAAGCCAAGAAAUAUAACAAAUUCACUGCAAUUGCAGGAUGUAAAGUGUAUGCCGAAUUUCCCAGAUGGAGUCCUGCUUUCAUACGGUUGAUGUUGGAUUUCAUGCACAACGGUCAAACAUGUCCUAAGCUGACUCGAAGAAUAGAAAAAGUGCCAGUAGAAGAACGCCAAAGUUUGUGGGAUGAAUUAGUUUCAAAAUUGGAGCCUCCAACAUUUCGAAAUGUACUCGAUUACAUAAAGAGAUUUUUGAAGAUAAAUACAAGAAACAAUGAGGUGUUGGAGCCUCCAAAGUUCAGGAUUCCACUUUGUAAUCAUUGUGGAUUUCUCAACAUACAUAAUGGGCAAAAUGUAGUCAUAUGCUUCAGAUGCAAGAGGAAACUGCCUAGUCCAGAGAUGGCAUAGAUUUCUGAGGACCAGAAUUCUCUUGGUCAAUUGAAAGAAGAAACAAAAUAACUAAGAAAAAAAGGAAAGGGAAUAGGAAUGGUUACCACAAGAUGAUAAUUUCUGUGCUAGAGACAUAAGAAACAUUUCUUUUGGAAGGAACUUAAUAAAUAAAAUGUGCCACAAGAACAUGCUAGACUAAAUGUCCGAAGCAUUUUCAUAUUACAAAAUUGAUAUUUGUUGUCAAUUUUCAUGUCUGUGAGUUGUGGGAAAGCUUGAUAAAAUUUUCAUUACGUUUUUAAAAUUAUCAUUUAACUCAAAAAAUGUAAAAAAAAAUACUUUCUUUUUUAAUUUAAAAUCUUUUUUUUAAAAAACUUUAAAAAACAAACCAAAAAAACAUGUGUGAUUUUUCUAUGGAGAAGUGCAAUGUCUCAUUGUACAUGGCUUUUCUGAGCUCUGGGAUUUAUUCCCAAGUUAAUGUGAAUUAUGAAGACAGGUAGGAGCAAGCAGAAAAGAAUUGAUAAAAAAAUAUUACCUACCCUAUAAUAAAAUAUUUGGAAAAGAAAAAACUUCAUAUUUUGUUGAUUAUCCCUUUUUGUGCCCUACAAUAAAAAAUUUAUUUCCAUUUGUGUGAACACAGAAGCAAUUAUUUGAAUAAGUAUAUUUCAUACUGAGCUCACAGAAAGUUGAAGUCAUAUUUAUGUCCAGAAGCAAAACAAGGGUCUAUCUCAGCAUUUGCUCAAUGGAUCAGGGAAACUCAUGAAAAAC